AUGUUUGUAUGCACAUAUAAAUUACGUUGCAUAUCAUUUCAACAUUUUGAGGAGAUGACUAAAUGGGAUGACGUAUUAAAAGCUAAUUUGAAAUGUUCAUAUUUCCAUGCGGAUUUAAUUGUUGCUCCUAAGAACAGCAUUUUAUAUAGUUAUGCACGUCACAGGAGACAUUUUCCACUCAUUCAAAAGCCCAAAAACCAGACUUUAUCAUCUCCAAGAAAAUCGUCUCCUACACUAUGCAAUAAUUCAAGUGAUGGUUAUUUACAUGUGACACGUGAUCGUAUAUGUUUUACUACGGGACCGGGUUGUUCCCAUCCUCGCCUUUUGGCAACAUGGACUUUUGACAAUGAUGAAAUUGUACAGUGUGGUACAGCCCGUGUUCAGAACAUUGCGAAAGGAAACUUCACUGAUCCUCCGUCACUUUUUUUUCUUACCGCUUUCCCUGACCACCCUGAAGCUCCUGGAAGUCACCUGUUUCUUUCUAACCGGGCAACUGAUUUAUGUGAUAUUAUUGAAUAUACUAAUCGAGCAGCAGUUUAUCAAGCAGACUGGAGACGCCUAACUUGCAUAGCUUCACUUAUUGAUUCCCCCUCUUGCUCUAACGUAUGUGAUUCUGACCAGAUCGGUUCAAUAUGUGAUCCUAUCCGUUCUGUUACCAGUAUUUUCUACUCCAGUGGGAUUCAAAAUGCUGCAAUAAUUUCUCGUGCCAAAUAUCCAGACAAAAAUAUCAAUGCUGAAAUUCCUAUGAUAGAUUUGUCAUCUUCGUCUAAAAAGCCGGCUCUUGAGAAUGCAACACAGAUAGAGAUUUAUUCCAAUGAAAGUUCUAAAAAAGUAGAGGAGCAAACACCUGUUGAUUCUCGUCUAGGUUCAGUGAUUGACCGAAAAAAAUGGGUUUCUCUGCACCCAAGACGGCGUUUUUCUAGUCAUCCUGUAGCAACAGAUCAAGUCACUAAUCUUAAUGACAUUACUAUCAAUGCCAAUCCCCAAUCUUAUCCAUAUUCUGGACAUACACACUGUUCACGAAGAUGUAAUAUCUGUCACUGGAGACGAUCUGAGCCUUAUUUGGUGACUUUACCUUCACAACCUCUGGAUACGUUGAAGUUAGAAGAACUUCUCAAUCAACCGUACUGUUCGUAUUGCUUCAAAGAUAUGCCCUGUACUUCUGAUAUACUUUUAUCCCACUCUUGUAAUUCUCAUGAUUCAUAUGAUAAUACCUCUCUCAAGAAAACUUUUGAUGAUAAAAAUAUCUGCCUGGCUUGUUCAGAAAAGCAAACUAAAGAUAAUAAUUCCAACGAUACUUUUUUGUCAAACAACUGUUUACAUCAUAACAGCAACAUGCACUCAAUUACUUCGUGCAAUAAAACUCAAUGCAAUUUAAUUUCAUCUGCUAAAAAUGAACACCACAAUAACACUAUUGCUAAUAAUGUCAUUACAGAAAAAAUGGACUUCGAUUUUAAGUGUAACCCCUAUACACCAUUUUCUAUAUCAGAGCAGAGUGUCUGCAAGCAGCUAACUGGUUCUCCUGGUCGUUCUAGCGCAGUUUCUGUCUCUCACUGUGUUCGACGACGUAAGCGUUUACCGAGUAGCUGGUCCGCUAUUAGUCCAACAGUGACAAACAACGGAGAUACGUCAGCGAAUGUUACUCAUUGUAACAUUCUUCCCAUCCGUAGACGUCGAACGGAAUUGAAUCAGUGUUUAUCCAAUGGGAAUAGCUCACGACACGCUUAUGUUUCAUCUUUAACGACACCAACGGUUAUCCCAGGAAGUCAAUAUGCUAGAACUCGAAAACAUACUACGAGUACAUGCGAAAGCACAACUUAUUGCAAAGACUCAGGCAAUUCACAUAGUCUCCAUUGUUCUACAACCACAAACAAACAGGAUAGUAUCAAGUCUUCAUUAGUCUCUCUAUCACCUUCUGCCACACCACUUUGGGCAGACGCACCUACAUAUGCUAAACCGAAAACUGGGAAACAUUAUGUCUCCAGAGAAGCGAUUCACGCUCUCUGUAUUGAUCAGCAACAUCGACUUUUGUCUGUUUCAGAUAAUGCGAACGGUUUUGGUAACUGUUCUCAGAUGAAUUCAUCAAACAAUAUAUCCCGUAUUGGAAAUCACUCAAGUGAAUCUGGUAGCAGGUUAACAGGCCUGACAGGGGCAUCUGAUGGAAAUGCAACUUUUCAGCAUAAACAGCAGCUGUCAAACGACUCUGUUCAAUAUAAAUCAUCAGCUUUUUAUCCUACAACGACAAAUUUAUCAGAUUUUAAUUUGUUGUCACAGACUACAUCCAAUCAUGUUGUGCCGUCUCAAAGUGAUAAAUCAUUACCAACUCUUUCUGGACCCUAUAUUAAUAUGUUCCCAAAUACCCUUCAUGGUGAAUUACAACCAUUGUCUGAAAAACAUCAAUCGAUCCCUGUUUCAUCUACUUCGACGCAACCUAUUCAAAAUUAUAGUGUCAAGAAUAAACAGCAAGAUGUUAAUCAAAUAGCUAACAAUAUUAGUAAUACCUUCGAAUUACCAGUGGGUACAGACAUUAUCUUUGAAAAUCCCGAACGUUAUGUGAAUUUAUUAGGUUUACAGAAAAGUGGUUUCACAGUUUUAAAUCACUCAGAUGCAACUGUAUAUUAUAUCAAUUUUUCACCAAGUAAUUUUGAACGUAAAUGUUUUGCGGACUCAACCUCUGCUCAAUUAUCAAUUUCUGAUUCCUCUCUAGCGCCACGUCUUCCAGCGUCAAUACCUAUUCUUUCGGGUUCUCUUCUGGAAAAACCACCGACUCCACAGAGGCUAAUGAUAUCUACAAAUAAUCUUACUUGCAUUAAUAACUUAUCUAUUUCCAAAACACCACAACUACAUUACGCUCAUCUUACUCUAUCUGACAGAGUAAAUAGUUCAACAACUAAUAUAUGUCAACAAAAAAAACUGAGUGACCAAAUGACUGAUGAUGACAAUAGUUCCGAGAAUAAGAUCAGUCUUCACUCGUCUCAAUCCUUACAGUGUGCAUUAUCUUCUGAUCCAAACCAUUCUGAAACUAGGCUUCUGGAUCAUAACUGUUACCUAGUUGACAAUAACUGUGAUGGCUGUUCCUCACAAGGAUUAAAUUAUGUAACUAUAGAUAUGAGACAGACUAAAGCACUUUCUGAAUUAGGGCAAGAAUUGCGCAUCAGUGCUGGAUUAGUGUGUAACGCUGGUUAUCAUAUACCAUGGUCAGGAUGUAUUCUUCGUGAUCAGAACUGUAAUGAUCUGAAAACUAGUAGUAAAUCCACAGUGUUACGCAAACAUUUCACGAUUCCAUGCAACCUCCCCAGUUAUUUUGCCAGAAAAAAAGAUGAUACGGUUCAUGCGUUAACAAACUUUUCUGAAAACUCACAAGGAAAGAAAGAAAACCGUGAAAAUAUUGCCUCUCUGACCAAUCGAGUUUUUAAGCGUUUAAUCCAUUCUAUUCAUCUUCCACAUCACAAUCAAAACUGA